AUGACUUACGACAGAUCAAAGGAGAUGGAACAACAGGCCUGGGUGGCAGAAAGACUGAACAGCACCCCUGCCUUGUCUGCGCUGAACGGACUGCUUUCGUCGUUCCCUGUGGUGAAGAUUUUCACCUCUAACGCUGUGCCCCUUCUCAUCUGGAGAGAGCACAACCAGGCCGCCAGACUCGAAAAGAGAUACAGUCACUAG